ACUAAGCGUAACCUCUGUGUAGAUUCUAUUUUACAGACUCUUUGUUUAAUAAAGAAAAGAUUUUCGAUGAUUAAUCUAACUAGAGAGGAAUAUAAAGAUUAGGUUAAUAGAAUAUAUAGAUACCAAAUAAAGUUAAUAUUGAAAUGGCUGCUGAAAUUAAGCCGGCUCAACGGAGCUGUGAUGAUCGUUUCAGUUCAGAGAGGAAAUUGGAAUUGCUGAAUAAGUUGGAAGGCAGUGGUGAUGAUAUUAAUGCUGCAAUAUUUAUUCCGGGAGAAAACGGCGUCAUAAGCGUAUCUGAUGACAAAACAAUACGUGUAUGGCUUAAACGUGACUCGGGUCAAUAUUGGCCUAGUAUAUGUGAAAGUAUGCCCUCGGGAGGUACAUCUAUAUUUUAUAACGCGAACGAGAGACAAUUGUAUAUCGGUCAAGACAAUGGAACGGUAACACAAUACAUUUUUUCGGAAGACUGCAAUCGUCUUUCAUUUGUCCGAGAUUAUUUAGCUCAUCAGGGCCGAGUAAUGGAAGUUGUAGUAGCUCAUAUGCUGAAAUGGGUGUUGUCAUGUGGAAAAGACAAAUUAUUCGUAUAUUACUCUACAGAAAAUGGUCAGAGAUUGGGAAGCUACAGUUUUGAGACACCUUGUACAGCACUACAAUUUGAUGCCAUGGCGAAAUAUGCAUUUGUUGGGGACACUGCUGGCCUGAUCACAAUGUUACGAUGUGAUGUACAAGGAGUUCAGUUUAUUAAUACGUUUAAAGGACACACCACGAGUAUUCGAUGUCUAAAUUGGGUAGAAGAACAUCAGUUACUAUUUAGUGGAUCCUGUGACCAAAUGGUCUUUGUAUGGGAUGUUGGAGGAAAACGUGGCACAAUUUAUGAACUGCAAGGACACAAUAAUAAAGUUUCAUCGCUUGCGUAUGCAAAUCAUACGCAGCAGCUUAUAAGUGGAAGUGAAGAUUCGGUUAUUGUUCUAUGGGAAAUGAAUGCGAUGCGGAAAGAAGUACCAGGAUGGGUUGAAAGUAAUAGUUGUCAAUUAUGUCAGCGUCCUUUCUUUUGGAAUUUUCGGGCGAUGAUGGACCAAAGACAAAUAGGUAUUCGACAGCAUCAUUGUCGACACUGUGGAAAAGCUGUGUGUGACAGUUGUUCUGUAAACCGUAUCAAUAUUCCAAUAAUGGGGUUUGAAUUCGAUGUGCGUUGUUGUGAUCCUUGCUAUAAGCAAUUGCAAAGUGUUGAACGUCCUUCAUUGGCCUCGUUCCAUGAUGCGAAACACUCCAUCGUCAAUAUGGACUUGGAUGAGAAUCGAAAGCUGCUAUUGACAGUUGGGCAAGACCGUAUUAUAAAAAUUUGGGAUUUAUCUUCAAUUUGGGCCUAAUAAAACGGACCUCGUUUCAUCUGGAUUUGGUUCGAAAAACAUUAUUCAGGAUUUUAUUCGCUUAUACAAAUUAUAUUAUAUUUAUUAACGAUUUAUCUUUUAUUAGCAUGAAGUUUUAUUCAAUGGAGUUAGUAUAAUUUUGUACAACACAUUGCAUAUAUGUAUGUAUAUUUGUUGCGUGGAGCAUUUACAUAGUAAUUUGCCUACGGUAAUAGAAUCCUGUCGAACUCCAUUUUCAAAAUUUCUACCGUUUUUAUUUACUGCUGUUUUUGUCUGCAUUUAUAUCAUAUAAUGAAUAUUUAAUAAAUGCAUAUGUGGAUUUAUAUUA